AUGAAAAACAAUAGAAAUAUUCAAUUUGAUAUAUUACCUCCUCCACUUGAAAAAAUAACUAAAAAGAAUGAAAAUUUUACAAAAAAAGAAAAAAAAGAAAAUUUUGAUCCAAAUAAUAGAAAAAAUAUUAAUGUAUCGGAAAUAAAUACAAAUGUACAAAUAAAUUUGAAUGAUAAAAAGCAAAAUGAUAUUAAUAAUGAAAUUAAAAAAGAAAAUUCUUACAUUUCACAAAAAUAUAGUAAUGUUAUUUUAAACAGUGAUGAAAUAAAUAUGAUAAUAAGCAGAAAUAAUAACUUUAAGGAUUUAAUUGAAAAUAAAAAAGUAAAUGAUUUUAUGAAUGAUUAUUUAAAUAAUCCUUUAGAUGCAAUAAAAAAAUAUCAAAAAGAUGAUAAAAUUAUGAAAUUUUUAGAAAUUUUAUUUCAAUACAUGAAUGCAAAAAGUGAUCAUAUUCAUUUAAAAAAUUUAACAAAAAACUUUACUUUUCAAAAAAAGUAG